AUGUCCACUCACACCACCGCGCCCCCACCCAUGUACGACGCGGAGGGCGAUGGCGCUGACAUCUAUCUGCACAUCGACUCUACAUCGGCCAGCACGAUGCCUGACGAGCACGACAACUCGGAACCUAUUCCGUUCGUUGUGAUGCUCAUCUAUGGGCCAACUAACGCUCUCACGCUCCUGUUCCCCACCGAUGAGUGUACCAAAGUCACUCAGGCUCAGAUCGAGGUGUGGCUGCACUUCGCGCACGGUCCAUUCUGGACGCAGUGUGGGGCCUCAGACGAGCAGCUGGAGAGUCUGGUCGCGAUCAUCCUCAUGUACCGCGCGUUUGCGCUCGGGCAUCUGGGCGUGGAUCGUGAUGACUUCUAUCUCUUUGCCGCACACCUUGUACUCGCCGCCCACGAGCUACACCCUCUCGAACGGGAGGAUGACGAGCUCGCUGAGCUCGUAGGCUGGCUCAACGUGAACCUGCCGGCUAGCGUCUUCGACGCUGAUGCUCACAACAUAUCUGGCGCUCACACUUCGCCCGGCAGCGCUCCAGGUCCCUCCAACGCUGACAGUGCAUCGGCGAGCUCAGCCACCGGUCCCGACUCCGGCAGCAGCGCGCGUGGGG